ACAGUUGGUCACAGGAAGCCCGCUCGUCUGUUCGAAGCUGACGACUCCACCAUGCUUUCGAAAUACCUUCCGUAUUCGCAGUGAACAUGGAGAUGACUCCAGAAAUGGUGAACCUGUCAAAUUCAACCAAGACUUUGUUUUGUGUCCAGUUGAGAGCUACGGAAAUCUGCCUCUUUUUGUGGAGUCACGUAUCCCCCAGAUAAAUAUAGGAGUUGGGGCAUCUGGCUUUGCUGCUAUCAUGCUGUCCUGUUACAACAACACUUGUUGUCGAUGGCGAGCCCUGUAUUGGGAUUCCAGUAAACGCCCAGAGAGUGAAGGAUCACCAGUUCCACCUCACAGUAAAAUACUCAUCAAUCACUCAGCAUCCAAUAGAAAUCUGGCAGUUGAACCCGGUAUCUGGUUUCCAACAUUUUUUGGAAUGGUUACAAACAUUGCUGAAUGUGACAAUCAUCUGCAUCCACAACAGCCUGGAACUGCACUAGAGACUGCUCUACUGCUGCUGAAACAUCUCAGAUGGGAUGUUGGCUACCUCUCUUGCUAUGCUCAUCUUCAACCUCUCGUCUUCAAUCUCCAACACGUACUGGAGUACAUAUUACAGUGGGAAGAUAUUCAACAAGCUCCUAUCUAACAUGAAGCAAGAAAUGGGGGCUCCCUGCUGUUUCAAAAGGAAGUUAAAAAUGUAUCUGAUUAGCCACUCUUUCCACUAAUUAUCGGAACAUUUAGAUUCAACAAUAGAGAAUUUCUGUUAGUUACAUGCCAAAUAGAGUAUCCAUUGUAGAGUUGCAUGAAAAUUAGUGGUGUACUGCAAAUAGGAGUAAUUUUCUCAAAAAAAUACCACUUUAAACAAGUAGUGUUAAGCUGCCAACAGCAGGUUAAACAGCAGUUGUAUAAUAUAGCUGAGGAGGUAGGUUUUUCAAUGUAGCAGCUUUCUUUUUAAUUUAGUCAGUUACAUUUAGCUGUAAAUAGCAUGAAUAGCACUAAGCAAAGCAAUAAUUUGUUGUCAGUACAGAAUACAGAUUUUCUUGUCGCUUGUUAAUAUGUUGAUGGGAUCUACAGAACACAAUGAAUGAAUGAAUGAAUUAAUGGGCAGAAGGAACCACAAUAUGAAAAUGAUAGUGAAGAAAGACAGCAGUUAUAAUUUCUUCAGUGUAACGAUAUAUUUUUUGUAAUUGGGUCAGGGUUUAAGCGAAUCUUCUUGCAACUGGCAUUUAUCAUUAGUAAAUAAUACUAAUCUAAAGAUAUAUGGAAUGUUUAUUGCAGAGAGACCUUAUGUUUUAGAAAUUUGUAUUAAAAUAACUAUGGACAGUGAAUUAAUGUAUGAGUAAUCAGACCCUCAAACAAUUUUGUCCAUUCAUAAAAAAUAAGCAUUAAUGACCAUCAGAGACAACUGCAAUCAUAUAAAGGAAAGUAACUACUCAGCAGCAUUGAGCACCACUUGAUUUCUUACAUGCAGAAAUAAAACUCAGUAUUUCAGUGCAAAGAAAGUAUGCACAUACAUUGGACUCAUCAGAUGUGAAAACAGUUCAGUGGUAUGUGUGAUAUUAUUUCCAGAGAAAAGGUGGAUAAAAUUCCAUAUAUUAAGUAUCAAGAAAACUUUGUAUUGGAAACUUCAUUACACGGUACAGCAUGAAAAAAGGCUCAGUUUAUAUGCUGAUAAACUUCACAUUCAUUAAGACUAUAGCAUUAUGAUAAGCUGCAGUCAUGGGAGUUUGUAAUGAAUAAGAAGUUUUAUAUGGAUGGCAAUAUUGACUUUUUUGGAAACACAUUGUUUUCAAAUGAAGCUGCUUUUUAUUUCUCUGUGGCACUGAUUUAAUUUUUGAAUCAAGGCUUCCAUGUAUUGUCACUGAAUUUGUUCAGUCUACAUUGAAAAGUAGGUUGAUCUGUCCAUUUUUUGUUGUUGUCAUGUAUUUUGACACAUAGGAGCACUCUGAAUGUUAUAACCAUAGAGAAUUGGCAACCCUAUAUUCUGUUGUUGGGGGAUGCUGCUGUGCCCCCUCCCACCCCCCUCUCUCCUCCACAUACCUAUUGGACUAUAGCUGUCCGCAAGUUUCUGUAUGAUAAAUAUCCCAGCUGCAGGACUGCGGGUAGUGGACCUAUUCUCUGACUGUCAUCGUCUUUUGGUUUUUUCCUCUAAAACAGACAUACAUAAAAGAAUGUAUUGUUUAAGAGUUGGCAUUACAUAAAGGACUUCAUAUAUUUGCCUAAACUGGAUGAUAUCUCCAGACUGAGAACUUGUAUUAGACAUUCAGUCUCUACAAUCACAAUGAAUAUAUCGAAGGUGCAUGUGUGGCGAGGAUAAACUUGACUGUGUUAAGCUUUGUUCACAUGUGACACUUUACUAAAGAACCCAGAGUAAAUUGAAUUGUCUAAGUAGUUUUGUUUUCAUGUUUUUUUAUUAUGUUUUCUGUGAGCAUGUAAUAAGUAGAAGGUUAGCAAAGAUUCACCCUGAUAUGUCAUCAUCUGAAGUUGAGCUUGAAUCUGAAAUUAAUUCUGGAGGAAUAAAUUACACUGAAGAAAAUGUAGCUCAAUAUGUUCAUAUAAUUAUGUUAUGUAAUGUUCUGGCAGAAUGUAAAUAAUUUUGGAGUGAAGGUAAAAACUCGAGCAGUUUUCAUUCUUUUUUGUGCCUGUCAGUGACUUAAUGCUUCCACUAUUUGUCAAGUUGUUACCUUCAGUCCUAAAUUAUUAACUUGUUCUUUUCUUGUAAUUUCUCUGCCAAGAAAGUUGAGAUUCUUAACUCAUCAUGGACUUAUCAGUCAA